AUGGAAAUUGGGCCAGUGCUGUUCGGAGACGUGCGUGUGGACUUCACCCGGAGGGAAUGGCAGCUGCUGGACGCCGCCCAGAGGCUUCUGUACAGGGACGUGAUGCUGGACAACUACCGGCACCUGCACGCACUGGGGCUCUGCAUUACCAAACCUCAGCUGAUACGCAAGCUGGAACGAGAGGAGGAGCCGUGGCUAAUGGAGAGGGAACCCCCGAGUCACGGUCACCCAGGUGAGUUGCGGUCAAGCAGGAAGAGCAGGGAGACGCGCUCUCCUGGCCGUCCAGGUGUGGGCUCUGUGGUGCGGAAAAGGAACCCAGGUGAGUCGGGCCGGAGUGUGAAGUCCCCAUGCAGCAAGCCCAGACAUCUCACAACUCACUGUGAAUGCACCAAGUGUGUGGAGGGCAUUGCAAGGAAGCCACGCCCUCCCCGAUGUAAAAGGACGGGCACGGGCGGCGGGGAUGGCCCUGAACCAGCCUCUGACCACUGGAGAGGUGCGGAGUCCCUGCGUGAAAACGCACGUGCACACGGGGACACUCCUACGGCACGAGCACCCCGCUCCGGCUCCAGCAAGGCCGGCGCCUCGCAGGGACCACACCCAACUCCCAGCAAGAGGAAGAGCACAAGACAGAAAAUCCCUCCCGGCCGUCAAGACGAGAAAACCUUCCUUGCGGAGCCUGAGCGCGCUCCGCAGGGACGAACACGCGUGGAGAAAGCCCCUGAGGAGCGGGAAGGGAGCGGGAAUGCACGCGGGGCCGGACAGCGGAAGCCCCACCCCUGUGAUCAGUGUGGGGAAAGCUUCGGAAACAAAGCGGGCCUUACCCAACACCAGAGCGCGCACACGGGGAAGAAAGCCUUCGAGUGCAGCCAGUGUGAGAAAUCCUUCUCGGUGAGGUCCAACCUGAGGGAGCACCAGAGGACGCACACGGGAGAGAAGCCGCACGCCUGCCCGCACUGCGGGAAGUCCUUCUGCCAGAAGUCGGCGCUCACGGUGCAUCAGAGAACUCACACGGGCGAGAAGCCGUACAGGUGCAGCGAGUGCGGGAAGGGCUUCUGUGUGAAAUCCAACCUCACCCAGCAUCGGCGGACCCACACGGGAGAGAAACCUUAUGCCUGUGGCGAAUGCUCCAGGUCCUUCGGUGUGAAAUGCAACCUCAUUGUGCAUCAGAGAACUCACACAGGAGAAAACCCGUACAAAUGCCCCACGUGUGGGAAAACGUUCCACGAAAAGUCAGCCCUCACCAAGCACCAGCGAAUCCAUACUGGGGAGAAGCCCUAUGAAUGUGAUGAAUGCAGGAAGAACUUCAGCCAGAGGUCAGCUCUCACCAAACACCAGAGAAAGACACACAAGAAGAAAACGUCCACUGGUACCUUCCCCGCGCAGAAAGAAUCCUGCAGCCAGCCAAACGCACCGACCGCCAGCAAAACCAGAGUGCAGAAACCUUAA